AAACAUUUCAUUCGCUUGGCACAUGUUUUUUAAAACUAAACGAACCAGAAGUUAUACAUUGAAUUUGAAUUUAAGGUAAGUGACCAAAUAUGCAAACCAUGUUCAGACGGGCUAAAGCAGUUAAAGUAAGCAGUGGGGUUGCAGUCGCAUCUAAGGCGCAGGCGCGAUAAGCAGAAUGAAAAGGCAUAUAAAUUGACAGUGAUUUUCGUUGGCACUGCAGUAGGCAAAGUGCACUGCUGACCGAAGAAACCAUCGACCUAAAUACUAUGCCAGGCUACCUUAUUCUAAUAUCUACUCUUUUUUUUGGAGCACCAUUAGUACGUGGGCUAGCAUCGCAACUGGUACAACUUGAGCCCAUCAACAACGGACCACCUGUAAUGUCUCUGGGAUGUCACCGACGAUUGUAUUCGUACAAAGUGACGCAAUCCGACCCUCUAGGUCACGAAUGCUGGGACUAUGUAAGCGUAUGGUCUUGCUGGGGAAGGUGCGACUCAAGUGAGAUCUCAGAUUGGAAAUUCCCUUACAAACGGUCAUUUCACCCUGUUUGCGUUCACGCACAACGCCAGCCGGCGAUAGCAAUUCUUAAAAACUGUCAUCCUGGAGCCGAUGAAAGCACCAAUAAGUACCAAUAUAUGGAGGCGGUGAAGUGCCACUGUCACACUUGUUCCACACAGGACACCAGUUGCGAAGCUCCAGCAAAUAACCUAAUGGACCGAAAGGUACUUACGCUUACUGGUGGAGGUUCUAAUGAUCUGGACUACUAGAACUGAAUACAAGCUUAAAUUGAGUGCAUUGUAAAGUAGCACAGAACAGUAUCGUGUUUAGUUUAAAUAUAAAAACAAUUAUUUAAAUGAAAGCAAUGUUCAUAA